CACACAUGUACACACACACACACACACACACACACACAGACCCACAUCAGCCUGGCAGAGAGCAGACCUCUAACUCAGGCCGCUGUGCAGCACACGCCAGCAACAGUCACACCCACAGACAUGCACGUGUGUGCACUGUAGUCACCACCAGUUGCUGAGGCAUGUUCCUGGGGGACCCACUUGGAGACAGUCUGAGUAGAAAUGGGGAGGUGAGGGUUAGUGCGGAAGGGGGAGGUGAGGAGAUACUGGGGGACAGGAGACUGAGGAAGAGUUGAAAGUCAGAUGGGGACAGAGCUGGAGACAGAAAUACAGGCUGACCCUCAGGAAUCAUCAUUUCUGGUGAGGGGGCUGGGGGGAGGCAAUGUCGGGAAUCAAAGAGGGUGGAGCUGCCGGACCGUCUGACCUCAGAGCCCCUGGACACGCUUAGCCUGACGUCAGCUCUCCUCCGCCCCCGCCUCUGCUGGUCUUCAAAUGGCCCCCCUCCAGCUAGCUCCAGACACAUGGACUGGAGAACAAGCCGGACAGGACAGACUUCAGCAGGACCCACAGCCAUGCGACAGGACCUGUCCAAGCCCACCCAGGCAGCGCGCCGCUGCUCCGGCCUGGCCCGGCGAGUGCUGACAGUCACUUUCGCCCUGCUCAUCCUGGGCCUCAUGACCUGGGCCUACGCCGCGGGAGUCCCUCUGGCCUCGGAUCGCUACGGCCUACUGGCCUUCGGCCUGUACGGGGCGUUCCUCGGCGCGCACCUGCUGGCGCAGAGCCUCUUCGCGUACCUGGAGCACCGACGGGUGGCGGCGGCUGCGCGGCGCGCGGCGGUGAAGGGGCCCCCGGACGCGGCCACCGCGCGGACCGUGGCGCUCACCAUCUCCGCGUACCAGGAGGACCCCGGGUACCUGCGCCAGUGCCUGACCUCGGCGCGCGCCCUGCUGUAUCCGCGCACGCGGCUGCGCAUCCUCAUGGUGGUGGACGGCAACCGCGCGGAGGACCUGUACAUGGUGGACAUGUUCCGCGAGGUCUUCGCCGACGAGGACCCCGCCACCUACGUGUGGGACGGCAACUAUCAUCAGCCCUGGGAACCUGCGGCUGCGGGCGCUGUGGGCGCCGGCGCCUACCGGGAGGUGGAGGCCGAAGACCCGGGGCGGUUGGCGGUGGAGGCGCUGGUGAGGACGCGGAGGUGCGUGUGCGUGGCGCAGCGCUGGGGCGGCAAGCGCGAGGUCAUGUACACCGCCUUCAAGGCGCUGGGCGACUCGGUGGACUACGUGCAGGUGUGUGACUCAGACACGAGGCUGGACCCCAUGGCACUGCUGGAGCUGGUGCGGGUGUUAGAUGAGGACCCCCGCGUAGGGGCCGUUGGUGGGGACGUGAGGAUUCUUAACCCCCUGGACUCCUGGGUCAGUUUCCUCAGCAGCCUACGCUACUGGGUGGCCUUCAACGUGGAACGAGCUUGUCAGAGUUACUUCCACUGCGUGUCCUGCAUCAGCGGUCCCCUGGGCCUGUACAGGAACAAUCUACUGCAGCAGUUCCUGGAGGCCUGGUACAAUCAGAAGUUUCUGGGCACCCACUGCACAUUCGGGGAUGACCGGCACCUCACCAACCGCAUGCUCAGCAUGGGCUAUGCUACCAAGUACACGUCUCGCUCUCGGUGCUACUCCGAGACCCCCUCAGCCUUCCUGCGCUGGCUCAGCCAGCAGACGCGCUGGUCCAAGUCCUACUUCCGAGAGUGGCUCUACAACGCCCUGUGGUGGCACCGCCAUCACGCCUGGAUGACCUACGAGGCGGUGGUGUCCGGCCUCUUCCCGUUCUUCGUGGCGGCCACCGUGCUGCGGCUUUUCUACGCGGGGCGCCCCUGGGCCCUGCUCUGGGUGCUGCUGUGCGUGCAGGGUGUGGCCCUGGCCAAGGCGGCCUUCGCGGCCUGGCUGCGCGGGUGCUUGCGCAUGGUGCUGCUGUCUCUGUACGCACCGCUGUACAUGUGCGGCCUGCUGCCCGCCAAGUUCCUGGCCCUGGUCACCAUGAACCAAAGUGGAUGGGGCACGUCGGGCCGGAGGAAACUGGCCGCCAACUACGUCCCGGUGCUGCCUCUGGCCAUCUGGGCUCUGCUGCUGCUCGGAGGCCUGGUGCGCAGUGUGGUCCAGGAGGCCAGGGCGGACUGGAGUGGGCCUUCCCGGGCGGCCGAGGCCUCCCACCUUGCCGCAGGGGCCGGGGCCUAUGUGGCCUACUGGACGGUGAUGCUGACUGUGUACUGGGUAGGUGUGCGGAGGCUCUGCCGACGGCGCAGUGGGGGCUAUCGUGUCCAGGUGUGAUCCUGACCUCGGGCACUGACCACUGGUGGCCAUCAGGAGAGGCAAGAGACCUGUGAGGGGGCCCCGGACUCCGUGGGGACUCCCUGGCCUCAGUUUACCUUUCUCACGAAAUGAGUCAACCCAAGACUCUUCGGUCUGGACUACUUUGGGGCUCAGUCUUCUGGGUCUCUGGGGAGGGGUAAUUUAUUGACGGGAUGUGGAGUCUUAGGACCAGGGGAAAGGACCUGUUCUUAUUUAACCUGUUUGCACUGUGAUUGUGAGCGAAUAAAGAAUUCUAUUUAUUUUGUUGUGAGACGCUCCUCCCUCUUUGUGUUUUGAGAAUUUGGGGAGCUCUGUCACUGAGACUUGGGGGCCCUGGGCUCAGUCUUGGGUGAUGGACAUUUGAACCUCCACGGGGCCUUUCUUGCCGGAACCUUUUGAGACUACAGAUGCUCUACUUUAAGCCUCUAGUGAUGUGAUAAGAUACUAAAAGCAACUUGGGGAGGAAAGGGUUUACUCCACCUUACGCUUCCAAGUGCCAGUCUGU